AUGUCAUCCACCGCCCUGAUCGACGUCGAUGACGACGCCCUGGAGCCCACCCUCCAGUCCAUCCUCGACCAGCGCUCCCUCCGCUGGAUCUUUGUCGGCGGCAAGGGAGGUGUGGGCAAGACCACCACGUCGUGCUCCCUCGCCAUCCAGCUCGCAAAGGUCCGCCGCAGCGUCCUGCUCAUCUCGACCGACCCAGCCCACAACCUGUCCGAUGCCUUCUCCCAAAAGUUCGGCAAGGAGGCCCGCCUGGUCGACGGCUUCACCAACCUGUCCGCCAUGGAGAUCGACCCCAACGGCAGCAUCCAGGACCUGCUCGCCGGCCAGGCCGGGGAGGGCGAGGGCGGCCAGGAUCCCAUGGGCGGCAUGGGCGGCAUGAUGCAGGACCUGGCCUUCGCCAUCCCGGGCAUCGACGAGGCCAUGAGCUUCGCCGAGGUGCUCAAGCAGGUCAAGAGCCUCUCCUACGAGACCAUCAUCUUCGACACCGCCCCGACCGGCCACACCCUCCGCUUCCUACAAUUCCCCUCCGUGCUGGAGAAGGCCCUGGCAAAGGUCUCGCAGCUGUCGUCGCAGUACGGGCCCCUGCUGAACGGCUUCCUGGGCUCGCAGGGCGGCGCCCUGCCCAACGGCCAGAACCUGGGCGAGAUGAUGGAGAAGCUCGAGUCGCUGCGCGCCACCAUCUCCGAGGUCAACGCCCAGUUCAAGGACGAGGCCCUCACCACCUUCGUGUGCGUGUGCAUCCCCGAGUUCCUGUCGCUCUACGAGACGGAGCGCAUGAUCCAGGAGCUCGCCUCGUACGGCAUCGACACCCACUCCAUCGUCGUCAACCAGCUGCUCUUCCCCCGCCCGGGCAGCGACUGCGAGCAGUGCAACGCCCGCCGCAAGAUGCAGAAGAAGUACCUCGACCAGAUCGAGGAGCUCUACGACGAGUUCAACGUCGUCAAGAUGCCCCUGCUCGUCGAGGAGGUCCGCGGAAAGGACAAGCUCGAGCGCUUCUCCGAGAUGCUGGUAAAGCCCUACGUACCGCCCUCAUAA